AUGCGGCUGAGGGCUAACGGCUGCUGGACCGCGCCGGACUCGCCUCACCUGACCAUGCCGGAGGAGGCGUUGCCCAUGGUGGUGUCUUUAGGCUUUAUGAACUUCUGGUAUCACAGCAUCCGCGGCUCCCCGCAGAGGACACCGGCGCUGGCAGGACGCAGGGCCCGCGGAGGCAGAGGUCCUGGCCCGGGCACGGAUCCGGAAGAGGCCCCGGGGCCGCCGCUGGAUGGAGUCGGGCCGCAUCGGACAGCAAUGGCUAUGGGUCUGACGUCCAAGAAGGCGUCUGCUCGGAGCGUCGCUGUGGAGCGAAAGAACCUGAUCACGGUCUGCAGAUUCUCGGUGAAGACCCUCCUGGAAAAGUACACGGCGGAGCCGAUCGACGACUCGUCCGAAGAGUUUCUUAACUUUGCUGCUAUUUUAGAGCACAUCCUGAGCCACCGCUUCAAAGGUAACACCGCAGGUUCGGGCAGCUGGUUCAGCUCAGAUGGACAGCGCAGCUUCUGGGAGUACAUCCGGCUGGCCUGCAGCAAGGGCCGGGCGUGGAUUCGAGUGGCGCUGAUGGAGAAACGCCUGUCUGAGUACGUGUCCACGGCUCUGCGGGACACCAGAACCACCAGGAGGUUCUACGAGGAGGGAGCCAUCAUGCUAAGGGAGGAGGCCACAGUGCUGACAGGAAUGCUGAUCGGACUGAGCGCCAUCGACUUCAGCUUUUGCUUGAAGGGAGAGACUCUGGAUGGGAAAUCUCCGGCUGUGAUAGACUACACCCCCUACCUAAAGUUCACUCAGAGCUACGACUACCUUAGCGACGAGGAGGACCGGCGCAGCGUGGACAGCAGCAACAGCGAGGAGAGCGUCCCCGAGCAUCCCUACAUCCCCCUGGUGACCGACGAGGAGAGCUGGAGCAACAAGUGUCGCAAGAUGGAGCAGAGGUUUAAGAUCGUCUACGCCCAAAAGGUGGCUCGGGGCUAUCUGGAGGAGCUGGUGCGCCUGCGGGAGUCGCAGCUCAAGAACGUGGAGACGGAGAACAAGCGUCUGAGAGCAAAGGUGGAGGAGCUGACCGUGCAGGGCCAGCAGGAGAAGAAGGAGCUGGAGGCCAUCGUGCUGGAGCUGCAGGCUCAACUCUCUACCCUCAUGCCAUGUGAUUCCACCAAUCUGGCUAAAGAUCUCUCCAUCCCACUGGUCAACCAGUGGUCUGCCAUCACUAACAACCAGGGCGAUGUCAAGUUAUUCCGCAGGAGGAGUUUCCACAGUCUCGAGCAGCUUUCUGCUGAAGUCAGCCUGAACUCGGACUCCCAGAAGACUGAGGGGAGACAGAAUGGAGACGCUGCCUGGACCUCAGCAGGAAAAGACAACACUCCCUCCAUGUUGGGCCUGUGCGGCUCCCUGGCCUCUUUGCCCAGCUCCAAGUCCCUGGCGAGCCUAAAGUCCAGCGAGUGUCUGGUGAACAUCAGCACCGAGCCCAGCCCCGCGCUCUCCCCCAGCUAGGAGACCUCCAGACCUGCACAGACAGAAUCCGACCCCCAGCCCCGUCCGCCUGGUGAUGCUGCCUUGAUCGUAUCCAAGCACCCGACCAAAACCCCGCUCCCACCCAUCUUCGUGAGAUCCCGGCAGGAAAGUCAUGGAAACGCACCUGGAUUUUUGUACAGGACGCUGAAAUGCUCGAGAAGCUGAAAAAGACCCCAUCUCCUCUCGUCCUUAGCUCAUCUCAUCCACCCGACUCUUUGCUUUUACUCGACAUCCGACACUUUGUAUUAUCCGAAAGCCCACAGACCUUUCCCAAAGCAUCCGCAUUGAUAAAUGUUUCUUCUUAUUUCAAUAUCAUAUGUGUUAGUGCACCUUUGGCCUCUUUUACUCUGCUUUUUGACAAAGUUGAACCAGAACUGUACUCGCAGCUCAGACAGAUGUGACAGAUGUGAUGAUCAUUUAAAGGGUACACGGACGGAAUCCGAGCACGGAUGUUGAUGUUGAUGUUCUAUGAGUGUGACUGAAAGGUCAUGGACUCUGUCACCUGGGAAAUGGCCGUUCAGACACCUCAGACAGUGACGGUUUGUUUAAAUCUGUGCAGCUUUGCUGAUUCUGAAGCUAUCACGUCCAGUGUGUUAUUGGGUUUCACUGAGCCAGCGCCACUGUACAAUAUGCUCUUCAUAGAGUUGUAUUUGUUUGUUUUGUGUUGCAAUAAAAACUGCCUUUUUC